GGAUUUUCUUGUUGGUUAGUUUAUGACAGAAGAGACUGGGAUGAGCCAGAGGUUGUAGCUGGAUGAUACCCUGAAGGGGAAAGUGGCUGGUGGACAAACCAAACUGCUCAGAGAUAUGUAUGGAUUUAUUAAUGCCUGUUUGAAAUCGCUGGUAGUUGAAAAGUUUGGCGAGGAGGCAUGGGUCAAGCUCAGGGAUCAAGCGGGAGUCCAGGACACUUUCCUGACACAUGAAGUCUAUAAAGAUGAAAUCACCAUGCACUUAGUGGCAGAAGCCUGCAAGCUUUUAGGAGUAAAACCAGAUGUAGUUUUGAGGCAAUUUGGAGAGUAUUUCUUUGAGUUCUGCAAACGUGCUGGCUACCAUCACAUGCUGCGUACUUUAGGAGGAAAUCUGUCUGAAUUCAUAGAAAAUUUGGAUGCACUUCACAGCUACCUCUCACUCUCCUAUAAGGAGAUGAAUGCACCAUCUUUUCGAGUGGAAAGGAACCCUGAUGGUACCAUGCUUCUCCAUUAUUAUUCAGACCGCAGAGGACUCUGUCACAUUGUUCCUGGUAUUAUUGGUGCUGUUGCUAAAGAUUUUUUCAACAGUGAGAUAACGAUGGAGAUCGUUAACCAGCUAGAGGAAGUGGAAAGAACUGGGAAGAAGGAGCAUGUGGUUUUCCUGGUUAGCAGUAAAACUGAGCCCACCCUGCAGUCUUUUACUGAAAAACCUAAUACCAUGAUCAGGAUCAAAGAGCCCCAUCAGGAAAAGAGACCCAGUGUCAGUUUCACCAUGCCCAGGAGACGCUGGGAGACAUCCAAGGGGUUGGUUCACAUCGGUAAAGGCAAACUAUUAAAGAACUUUGAACCAGGGUAUCCUAUGAAGCUCAACAUUGACCUGAAGACUUUUUGUCAUGCUUUCCCUUUCCAUGUAGUCUUUGAUGAGCAGCUGGUGGUGCAUCAGGCUGGAGUGAACCUCCAAAAGAUCAUCCCUGGGCUGCAGAAUAUGAAUAUCCAUCUGGAUGAGUACUUCAGCAUUGUGCAUCCUGAGGUCACCUUCACUAUUUCCAGCAUCAGGAAGUUCAUCAACAGCCACUUUGUCCUGCAGACUCGCAGUAAAAUGAUGCCUGAGGCAUGGAAGGACAAGCCUAUGUUGCAGCUCAGAGGUCAGAUGAUCUGGAUGUCUUCUCUGCACUGUAUGUUAUAUCAAGCCUCUCCUUUGCUGAGAAGUCUUCAGGAGCUGGAGGAAAUGCACAUGCACAUUUCUGACAUUGCACCCCAUGAUGUCACCCGAGACCUUAUUCUACUCAAUCACCAGCGACUGGCUGAAAUGGAGCUAUCCAAUCAGCUGGAGAGGAAGAAGGAAGAGCUCCGCAUCCUGUCCCAGCACCUUGAGGAGGAGAAGAAAAAGACAGAGAAUUUGUUGUAUGCCAUGCUGCCUAAGCAUGUAGCCAACCAGCUGAAAGAGGGCAAGAAAGUAGAAGCAGGAGAAUUCAAAGAAUGCACCAUUUUAUUCAGCGAUGUAGUGACCUUCACUAAUAUCUGCGCCAUGUGUGAACCCAUUCAAAUCGUUCAUAUGCUUAACUCCAUGUACCUACAGUUUGACCGACUCACCACCGUGCACAAUGUCUACAAGGUUGAGACCAUAGGGGAUGCCUAUAUGGUGGUAGGUGGGGUUCCCAUACCUGUCUCCAGCCAUGCUGAGCGGGUGGCCAAUUUUGCUCUGGGCAUGAUUAUAGCUGCCAAGGAGGUUAUUAACCCUAUAACAGGAGGACCCAUUCAGAUCCGUGUGGGUCUCCACAGCGGUCCUGUACUGGCAGGUGUAGUUGGGGAGAAGAUGCCUCGCUACUGUCUGUUCGGAGACACUGUCAACACUGCCUCUCGUAUGGAGAGUCAUGGCCUCCCCAACAAGAUCCAUUUGAGCCCAAAUGUCUACCAGGCUUUAUACAACAAAUGCUUUAUUAUCCAGAAACGAGGAGAGAUAGAAGUGAAGGGGAAGGGCAGGAUGACCACUUACUUUCUUGAAAGAAACACUGGAGUGACUGAGCAGCAGAUUAUGGGUCUCUGUGACCUGGAGGGCACAGAUGGAGAGGAGAGCAGCCAGAUAAGCUACCAACCAGCGUCUGAAGCACAGCGCAGCGAUGAACCUUUCUUGAUCCCAAUGAAUUAUAAAGACAGUCCAAGUGAACCUCUGCCAUCAUCAAAUAUGUCUGAUCCCCAAGCCUGUCCAACUAUCAAGCCUGACUCAGAGAGCUAUGGAAGCCUCCAGGCUGAAGACCAAUCACAGGAUGGAGCUCUAGACCAGUUAAAAGAUACCAACAAAUUUGACCAAAUAGAAUAUACAGAGAAAAACAUGGAAGAAUUAGACAGUGACAGCCAUGUGGACGUGCAGGUGCAAAACCUGAUUACUGCUUCUUUAGAAACUAACAUUGAACGAAAAGACACCCAAACCCAGUUCUGUGUGGUUCUGUAAACUGCUUAUAGCAUAAUGGUUCACUGGCUGGUUUAUCAACAAGGGUGGAAUGUAAUUAACAUGCACCCUUGCAGCUGAUGCCAGCCACUGACAAACACAGCUUUGUUGUAGACAUUAUUAUCUGUGUUACAUCAAUUACAGUGAAUCUCUGCAUUGUAAAAGUUUCUCUUUCAUAGAUGUGUCAUAUAUUGGAUGUUGCAUAUCAAAUAUUACAUCCAGGUGAAGUUCAAGUAAUGAUUAUAUGCUUUGGUUGUGGCUCAUCCAUCUGGCAGUGUAAGUUCUAAUUGUGUUUGCCCUGCACAGUGAUUGGCACAGUAGGCAAGAUUGGGCUUUAGCUCAAAUUAUAUAAUAUAGCUACAUUUCAUCAGUGUGAACCUUUACAACACAAAAUGUUUUAUAUACAUGCAUGUGAUAUUGCUCCUUAUGAAAUGGCAAUGGCAAUUUGUUUUAUACAGCACAUUUCACUACAUACAAACUCAGUGUGCUUAACGCAGAAGAUAAAAACAUAAAAAUCUGUGUAGGUUUGCAAUGCCGUAGGGCAAUGAAAACAGAAAUAUAAUAAAACAAAGCAAAACAAAAUAAAAUAAAACCCACCUAUUGAG